UACAUCUCGAACCAUGCUCGGUACAACCAGCCGAGUCGACGGGACAAGCCGUCACUUGUUCCCCCAACUCCAGCGGGCUCUCCUCCACCGGCCUCCGCGCCGGCCGCCUCCAUCCAGAUCAGGCGUCGACCCUUCCACCGCGCCUCCACCUCUCGCCGUCUCCGUUGUCCUCGUCCCCCUCCUGCACCGCCGCGGAGCGGAGAUCCAUCCGAACUGGGACCGAUUCCCCCCUCUUUUCGUCGGUGAGGAAGCCCUAGGCUGCUGGGACGGAUUGCUCGCCCGGUCCCGCAGAAUCUCCCCUUCCUUGACCGUCCAGCUGGUCGUGUUGGACUGCUGAUAGCAGCAGGGAGGUUCAGCUGAGUGGCGAGCGAUGGCGGGGGAGCUGGGGCAGCAGACUGUGGAGCUGGGGGCGAUGGUGCGGGGGGCCGCGGAGGAGUCGUACCUGGCGCUUCGGGAGCUCGUGGAGAAGUCGCGCGCGGAGGCGGAGGCCCGGGGGAAGGAGGGGCAGCAGAGGUCGGACACUGAGAAGAAGAUCGACCUGCUCAAGUUCGUCGACCGCACGCGGCAGCGCAUGCUCCGGCUCCAUGUCCUCGCUAAGUGGUGCCAGCAGGUUCCUCUGGUUCAUUAUUGCCAGCAGCUUGCGUCAACGCUCUCUAGCCAUGAAACAUGCUUCACCCAAACAGCAGACUCACUGUUCUUUAUGCACGAGGGACUGCAGCAGGCCCGUGCUCCCAUUUUCGAUGUUCCAUUUGCUACAGAAGUCCUACGUACAGGGAGUUAUAGGAGAUUACCAAAAUGUAUAGAGGAAAUAGGUACACAGAAUACACUUUUUCUGGAUGAAAGAAGGCCUACUUUGAAGAAAUUAAAUACACUUGUACGGGCAAAAUUACUUGAAACCUCACUUCCUAAAGAAAUAUCUGAGGUUUCAGUGACUGAUGGGAUAGCAAAUCUUCGUGUAGAUGGAGAGUUUAAAGUUCUUCUUACAUUGGGCUACCGUGGGCAUUUCUCGCUGUGGAGGGUAUUGCACAUGGAGUUACUUGUUGGUGAGAAGACUGGACCUAUUAAGCUUGAAGAGACAAGACGAUAUGCUUUGGGCGAUGAUAUUGAACGGAGAAUGGCUAACACUGACAAUCCCUUCAUGAUAUUGUAUACAGUACUGCAUGAGUUAUGCAUCUCUCUUGUUAUGGAUACUGUAAUUAGGCAGGCUAAUGUUCUACGGCAAGGUAGAUGGAAGGAUGCAAUAAAAUCUGAACUUAUCUCAGAUAGUAGUGCAACACAAAGUGGGAAUAAUGCUCCAGUGCAGCUUGGUCAAGAUGGGGAGCUAGAUUCAAGUGGGUUUAGGAUACCUGGUUUGAAGGUGAAUUAUUGGCUAGAUGAAAAAAGCAGUGGCUCAGCAGAACCUGAUUUAUCCCCAUUUAUCAGUAUUGAGGCAGGGAAGGAUAUGCUGAUAAAGUGUUUGCACAGCUCAUUUAUACUGGAUCCACUUACCAACAAAGAGGCUGAUCUUUCUAUUGAUCUGAGUUGCAUUGAUGUUGAAGCACUUAUUUUGAAAGCAAUUGCUUGCAAUAGACACACUUGUCUUCUAGAAAUUCAAAGGGAAUUGAGGAAAAAUGUUCAAAUUUCGCAAUCACCUACUGAUGUUGUCCUGAAACGAGAAGAAGUUCAUUUAGGAAAGAAAGUGGAUGGAAGGAACUUUGAGAAUUCUUGUACAAAUGAAGUUCUUCAGGUUAGGGCGUAUGGACAAUCGUAUAUUCACCUUGGGAUAAAUAUCAGGAGUGGUCGCCUCCUCUUUCAAUCAUCCAAAAAUAUCUUGCCACCUUCUGCGUUGUUAGAAUCUGAAGAAGCUCUAAACAAAGGGAGUCUUACAGCAAGCGAGGUUUUUGUGAGCUUAAAGACCAGGAGCAUCCUCCACUUAUUUGCUGCAACUGGAAGGUUUCUGGGCCUGAAGGUUUACUCUCAGUCUCAGGUUACUCUAAAGAUUCCAAAGUCCGUGUUAUAUGGUUCAGAUUUUGUGGUCAUGGGGUUUCCUCAGUGCGCAAAUGCCUAUUAUCUCUUGAUACAACUUGAUAAUGACCUUAGGCCUGUUUUUCAUUUGCUUGAGACAUGGAUUGAUGGAAGUAACAAGUCUAAUGCCGAUGCUGCGACCGACGCUAACGAAGCCAUAAGGUUUAAUAGGAUUGACAUUAACAGUAUGCAAAUAGGUGAAAAUGAAUACAGUGUGAACCUUUUUGAUGCUGAGAAGGUGCUACAAGACAUGGUUAACUACAACCAAAGUAUUGAAGGUAGACUAAGGCAAAGUGGAAAUAGCGAGCUUGUGCCCUUAAUACCUUCAUUUUCGCCUUCGUUUUCUUCUGUUGUUGAUGAAGUAUUUGGAUCUGAUCCAAGUUCUUCAACAGUAGAAAAUCAACUUUUGCCACCUUAUAGUUCGCCCUCUACUCAUUUAAGUUCUAUUCAAGUUGAUCUUGAGGGAGUCACUGGCACAGCUGGCCUGCCUGAGCUGGGCAGAAAUUUUAUGUAUUCUGACAUUAACACCUCUGAAGUUACGCCUAGUGUAACCUUGAACAGUAAUCUGCUGAGUAAUUUGAAUUAUGCAAAAGGUACAAAUGCCUUUUCCAGUUCAGUCCCUGCUGGAAUUUCAUUCAUGUCGUCAGACUGUAAAUCUGGUCAAGACCUUAGCUCAUUGAGAUCUCCAGAGGGCCAUGGUAUUGUGCAUGGAAGUAAAUCUCUUCAACUUCUUUCUUCAGAUGGCCAACGAGUUUUGGGAAAUAUCUCUACUGCAAAACCUGGAGGGCCUUCUAGAAAACGAUCUGUUUCGGAGUUUUUGUUGAAUAUCCCAUCAUUACAACAAUCCAGAAUCAGUGAUGGGCCAACAAAACGAAGAAAAGUACCAGAACGUAUGAAGGAUGGUGUUGUUUUUAUGGCAUAUUCAUCCAGUGCACAAUCUGGAAAACCCCUUACAUAUGGAAAUGUACUUACAGAAGAAAAUCAUUGUGUUACAUCAGCUACUUAUGCUUCUGUACUUCGUCAUGUCAUAAAGCACUGUUCACUUUGUAUCAAAUAUGCUCAACUGACUACCCAGAUGAAUUCUCUUGGCAUCCCAUAUGCCGAAGAAGUAGGGCUGUGGACAUCAUCAUCCUCUAAUCUUUGGUUGCGGUUACCUUUUCCCAAAGAGGAUUCCUGGAAACAUGUAUGCUUACACCUAGGUAAUGCUGCACGUAUGUCUUGGGAUGUUAGGAUCAAUGAUCCAUAUUACAGUUCACUCUGGAAAGUACAUGGUGGCAGCACUACUACUGAAUGGGGUGUUGGUGUUCGCAUAGCGAACACUUCUGAAAUAGAUUCACAUAUCACUUUUGAUGAUGAUGGGGUCAUUUUGACUUAUCAUACUGUUGAGGCUGAUAGUAUACAGAAGCUUGUCUCAGAUUUACAACGGCUUUCAAAUGCUCGUGCAUUUUCUUGUGGAAUGCGGAGAUCGAUUGGUAUAAAAGUUGAUGACAAGCUAGAAGAAAAAGUGACAUCUUCAGAGACGAAGUUACAUCCUGCAAGAAAAGGUAGUAGACACAGGUUAUCUGAACAGAUGAGGAGAAUUUUCAGGAUUGAAGCUGUUGGUUUGAUGAGCUUGUGGUUCAGUCAUGGUGCCGUGCCUAUGGUUCACUUUGUUGUUGAGUGGGAGGCUGGUAAUAGUGGUUGCACAAUCCAUGUUUCUCCAGACCAACUUUGGCCACACACAAAGUUUUUGGAGGAUUUCGUGAAUGUGGGUGAGGUAGCUUCAUUCUUGGACUGCAUCAGGCUUACAGCUGGACCUUUACUUGCCCUUAGUAGUGCGAUUCGCCCUGCGAAGAUGCCUGUAACAGUUCCUACUGGUUACAGUUCUGCACCAAAGCAAAACAACAUUCCAUCACAGGGGGCUCCGGCAAAUGACUCAUCAUCGACUACUAUGCAAAAUGUAUCUGUCCCACUGGGCCCUGCAAUUACCCAUGUUAACAAUCAUAAUCUUCAGAGUUCCGUGCUGUCUGCUACAGGGCGGGGUGGGCCUGGACUAGUUCCAAGCUCAUCAUUCCCUUUUGAUGUUUCUGUUGUGCUCCGUGGACCAUAUUGGAUACGCAUUAUAUAUCGCAAGAUUUUCUCUGUUGACAUACGCUGCUUUGCUGGGGAUCAGGUAUGGCUGCAGCCAGCAACCCCUCCAAAAGGUGGACCUUCAGUGGGUGGAUCUUUACCUUGUCCACAAUUUCGACCAUUCAUAAUGGAGCAUGUUGCUCAGGGUCUAAAUGCUUUUGAACCCGGUUUUAUGAGUGCUAGACAUAGUGGUGCACAGUUGAAGGCCAAUGCCAAUACAGCUUCUGGAAGUCAGCAAUCAGCCCCUGCUCCGAAUCGCUUUAAUGGUGCUCAUGGUGUUGCUAUUUCUGGCCCAAUUCCAAAUGUUGGUAAAAGGGUGGUACCUAGUUUCACUCGAGCAGGCAGUGCCAUGGUGGCAUCUUCAAAAUUUGCUUCAGGAAUUGCAGGAGCCCCCGCACACUUUUCUCCUGGAACAAACCUUCCUGUUCAUAUGAAGGGUGAGUUGAACUCAGCUUUUACUGGUCUUGGGGACGAUGGUGGCUAUGGUGGUUCCUGGGUUCCUCUUGCUGCUCUUAAGAAGGUGUUGCGAGGCAUACUUAAGUACUUUGGAGUUCUAUGGUUGUUCUCGCAGUUUCCUGAACUUCUGAAAGAGAUAUUAGGGUCAGUUUUGAAAGAGAAUGAAGGAGCACUUUUAAAUUUGGAUCAGGAGCAGCCAGCACUGCGUUUUUUUGUGGGUGGUUAUGUCUUUGCGGUUAGUGUUCAACGACUUCAACUGCUUCUUCAAGUUCUUAAUGUCAAACGAUUUCACCACCAGCAACAGCAGCAGCAAGCUCAGAGCCCUUCUCAGGAAGAGCUAGCAACAUCAGAUAUAAAUGAAAUAUGUGACUAUUUCAGUAGGCGUGUCGCCUGUGAACCAUAUGAUGCUUCUAGGGUUGCUUCUUUUAUCACUUUGCUUACAUUGCCCAUUUCAGUCAUACGAGAAUUCAUAAAGCUAUUUGCAUGGAAUAAAAGUCAGUUCGAGGCUCAUGGGGAAAUUGCUAGUGCGCAGAGGGCCCAGGUUGAACUCUGUUUGGAAAAGCACCAAGGAUCGGUUCCAAAUGAUUAUGCGGAGAGUUCAUCGUCAUCAAAGAGCAAUAUUAAUCAUGACAGAGCCAACCAUUCAGUAGAUUUUGGUCUAACUUUUGUACUCGACCAUGCUCUUAUUCAUCGUAUGAGUGUGUCUGGUGGAGCUUCCUGGUUGCCGUAUUGUGUAUCUGUGAGACUGAGGUACACCUUCGGGGACAAUGGUCAUAUCACGUUCCUUGCAAUGGAGGGAAGCCAUGGUGGUAAAGCUUGCUGGCUGCAAUACGAAGAUUGGGAAAGAUGCAAGCAAACGGUCGCCAGAGCAGUGGAAACAGUAAAUGGGUCUCCAGCGAUUGGAGAUACAGGCCAGGGAAGACUGCGAAUGGUUGCUGAGAUGGUCCAUAAGCAGCUACAACUUUCCCUACAGCAGCUAAGAGAUGGCCCCCUUUCUGCCAGUUCAAAUAUACCAUGACAAUGGUACUUAGAUGACUGCUGGCAGACUAAGGAAUAUGCUUGGUGGAAUCUUGUUCCUUACUGAAAAAAAUACAAAGGCGCUCGACACAGUGGGUAACGUAGGGGCUUUCCUGCGAAGGCUUUUAUGAUGUUUGCUUCUUGUAUCUGAGGUACAUCACGUAUAAUUUUGUACAUAAAGAUUGCUAAGCUCUUCAGCUUACUGUGCUGCUUAUCACAAGUAUUGAACCCCAAAAAGCUUGUGGAGCACAUUGUAGCGUGUCUGGACAACAAGUCAGCAUGAUAGGCGUCUAAUCUGUCACUAAUGUGAUCAUUUGUUUUUUGAAAGGAUUCCAUCAGCGGCCCCUUAGAACUAGGAUUUGCUCGGUGCGGGCAACUGAGGCUUGGGUGGUCUUCAGCCAUUAGGGAUGCUCCAACAAGUGUCCUGUAUUGAGGCAGUGAAAAUUAAAGAACUUUAUUUGGAAGUGACUUUAAGACUAUAUGAAGUCAAGGUGGCAGAAACUCAAAAUUGGGACUAAACUGAGGCAUCUCCGGACAUGAGAUGUGGAGUUGAGAUUAUGAGCCAGUAUGUUUGUGCUGACCCUGAUACAGAAAUAUAUAUGUUUAGACAUGA